CGUGCGUGAGGAGCUCGAGCGCACUACGCAGAAUGCGCAAAGAGCGCGGAGAGCGCAGUGAGUGAGAACGGCAGGUGGGUCCAAUCAACGUUACUGCUCAUGACCGAUGGUGUGCGCGUGUGAUGAUGAAUUCCUCUGCUCUCUCUCUCCCCCCUCUCCUCUCUCUCUCUCUCCCUCUCUCUCUCCCCAUUGUCUCCUUAAACAAGUGCAGGGUUUGGAGAUAUUUCCACCAGUAAAAUCAGCCGCGCUCGUCACGACGGAGCACUUUCCAAACAUCGCCUCCACGUCUCUCUUCUCCGCGCACGUCCCCGGGUUGCGGAUGGUCUAAUAUUCCUGGGAGGGGGGGGAAACAAUCUCACUCCUGGAGGACAGAGAUUUUUUUUGUGGAGGUAGGGGGGGAGAGAAAGGAGAAGAAGAAGAAGAAGGAGGAAAAUAAAAACUGCUGAGCUCCGCAAGGAAGUUGCCCGAGGCGGACUGAAGACUCCGGCUGGAGACGGAGCUUCUUUUUCUCACCUUUCUUCACACACACACACACACACACACACACACAGCCGGAUGGAUUUGAUCUCGUGAGGCUCUGCCGAGGAUGUGACUUGUGGAUUACAGGUUCUACGCUCCAACCAGGUUUCUCCAUCAUCGGUUUCUAGUUCUGCCCAAAAGAAAAUCUCUGGAAUAUGAUUCACUCUUGGGGCUCGGCCAGCUCCACGCCCGGGGUCCUUUACCCCUCCAUUUGGUCUUGAAUAGGAACUCUCUAGCAUCUUGGAAUUCUUACAUCUAAAAACCCUCCUCAAGAUCACCUUUGUAAUUCUUGUUUUUUGUGAUCAUGGAGCCUCAGUGUAACCCAGCUUCCCCCCGACAGUCUAGCUCGGUCAUCUUCGUGCUUGUGGCUGCAUUCUCCACUUGCCUCCAACUGGCCUCCCCUCAGCGGAUCCCCACAGACCCGCAGGCGGCACCCGAGUACGCCCACUCCAUCCGUCUCGACGGGGACAUCAUCCUUGGAGGAUUAUUCCCCGUCCACUCCCGCGGCGACCGCGGCACGCCCUGCGGGGAGCUGAAAAAGGAGAAGGGCAUCCACCGUUUGGAGGCCAUGAUGUUCGCUAUCGACCUGAUCAACAAGGAUCCCGAGCUGCUGCCCAACAUCACGCUGGGGGCCCGGAUCUUGGAUACCUGCUCCAGGGACACGUACGCUCUGGAGCAGUCCCUGACUUUUGUGCAAGCCUUGAUCGAGAGGGACGGCUCGGAUGUUCGCUGCGCUAAUGGGGACCCUCCCAUCUUCACCAAGCCGGAUAAAAUCGUUGGCGUGAUUGGAGCCGCGGCCAGCUCGGUGUCCAUCAUGGUGGCGAACAUCCUGCGACUCUUCAAGAUCCCCCAGAUCAGCUACGCCUCCACAGCUCCGGAGCUGAGCGACAACACUCGCUACGACUUCUUCUCCCGCGUUGUGCCCCCGGACUCAUACCAGGCGCAGGCCAUGAUGGACAUCGUCACAGCCAUGGAGUGGAACUACGUGUCCACGCUUGCCUCAGAGGGCAACUACGGAGAGAGCGGCGUCGAGGCCUUCAUACAGAUCUCCAGGGAAACUGGUGGCGUGUGUAUUGCCCAGUCCUUGAAGAUCCCUCGGGAGCCGAGACCAGGGGAGUUCGACAAGAUCAUCAGACGUCUCCUUGAGACCUCCAAUGCCAGGGCCAUCAUCAUGUUCGCUAAUGAGGACGACAUACGACGAGUUCUGAAUGCCGCUAAAAGGAACAACCAGACGGGUCACUUCCUGUGGGUGGGUUCAGACAGCUGGGGGUCCAAAAUCUCUCCCGUGCUUGACCAGGAGAGAGUGGCCGAAGGUGCCAUCACCAUACUCCCCAAGCGAGCUUCUGUGGAUGCGUUUGACCGGUACUUCCGCAGCCGCUCGCUCUCCAACAACAGGAGGAAUGUCUGGUUUGCCGAAUUCUGGGAGGAGAACUUUAACUGUAAGCUGGGGAUGCACGGCAAGCGGCCAGGCAGCCUGAAAAAAUGCACAGGCCUAGAAAAAGUAGGACGGGACUCCAGCUACGAGCAAGAGGGGAAGGUUCAGUUUGUGAUGGACGCCGUGUACGCCAUGGCUCAUGCUUUGCACCGCAUGCACCGCGAGCUCUGCUACGGCUACCCGGGCUUGUGCCCACGCAUGGCCAGCAGCAUAGAUGGGAAAGAGCUUCUCAGCCACAUCCGUGCUGUCAACUUCAACGGAAGUGCCGGCACGCCAGUGGUUUUCAAUGAGAAUGGAGAUGCUCCGGGGAGAUAUGAUAUCUUCCAGUACCAGAUUACCAACAGAUCUACGGCAGAGUACAGAGUCAUCGGCUCCUGGACCAAUAAGCUUCACCUCAAAGUGGAGGCCAUGCGUUGGAGGAGAGGUGACCCGUCUCUCCCGGCAUCUGUGUGCAGCAUCCCCUGUCAAGCAGGUGAAAGGAAGAAGGUGGUGAAAGGCGUGCCGUGCUGCUGGCACUGCGAGCGCUGUGAGGGAUACCACUAUCAGGCUUCUGAGUUCACCUGCGAGUUGUGUCCGUACGAGAUGCGACCCGACACCAACCGCACCGGCUGCGUGCCCAUCCCAAUCAUCAAGCUGGAGUGGCACUCCCCCUGGGCCGUCGUCCCCGUCUUCAUUUCCAUGAUGGGCAUCAUCGCCACCUCGUUCGUCAUCGUCACCUUCGUCCGCUACAACGACACGCCCAUCGUGCGGGCGUCGGGCCGCGAGAUGAGCUACGUGCUGCUGACGGGCAUCUUCCUGUGCUACGCCAUCACGUUCUUGAUGAUCGCGACGCCGGACGUGGGCGUGUGCUCGUUCAGGAGGAUUUUCCUCGGCUUGGGGAUGUGUUUCAGCUACGCCGCGCUGCUCACCAAGACCAACAGGAUACACCGCAUAUUUGAACAAGGGAAGAAGUCUGUGACAGCACCCAGGUUCAUCUCCCCUGCCUCCCAGCUCGUCAUCACCUUCUCCUUGAUCUCAGUUCAGCUACUAGGAGUCUUCGUCUGGUUCGCGGUGGAUCCCCCGCACACUGUUGUGGACUACGGCGAGCAGCGCACCCAGGACCCCAUGUCGGCACGCGGCGUCCUCAAGUGCGACAUCUCGGAUCUGUCCCUCAUCUGCUCCCUGGGCUACUCCAUCCUGCUGAUGGUGACAUGCACAGUGUACGCCAUCAAGACGCGGGGGGUGCCCGAGACCUUCAACGAGGCCAAGCCCAUCGGAUUCACCAUGUACACCACGUGUAUCAUCUGGCUGGCGUUCAUACCCAUCUUCUUUGGCACAUCGCAGUCUGCAGAGAGGAUGUAUAUCCAAACCACCACACUGACUAUCUCCCUCAGCCUGUCUGCCUCUGUGUCUCUGGGGAUGCUCUACAUGCCCAAAGUCUACAUCAUCCUCUUCCACCCCGAGCAGAACGUACCUAAACGAAAACGCAGCUUCAAGGCAAUUGUGACGGCUGCGACCAUGUCGGGAAAACUGACUCAGAAGGGAGGAGACCGGCCCAACGGGGAGGUGAAGACUGAACUAUGUGAGAGCAUGGAGACCAACAAGCUCUGAAGUUUUGUUGCAUCCACUUCAAAGCUUUAGUUUGUUUUGAGUCGGUUCUCUGGCGACUGCCGUGCGACUGCACUGUCGGCUGUGUCAGGUUGUUGAUUGCAUGUGCAUGUGCGGCUUUCCUUUGUGCAAGCCUGCAUCAAUCUAUUUCAAUCUAGCAUGAUCGUGUCCGUGUGUCAGUUGGUCUCCGUGGCUGCGUUUGCACGCUUGUCUUUGUCUGUAAUCAACUAUGCCUCAGCAUGUUUACAGUCUAACUCGUGCUCAACGUGUGUCUGAGCUGUUUGUAGAGUCUGUCCGUUACACUGGUGCAUCGGACGAACACUUCAUUAUUUUUUGUCAGCACCUUAUUAUGAUCAGUGAAAGACGCAGGUCACAGUUCACUCAUUUAGUCAAUAUUUAAACUGCCAAGUUAGCUCCUCAUAUACUUCACUGUUCAAAAAAAGUUUACACAUUAAUGAGUUCCACAACAAUUUAUUUAUUCAGUGUAACAUUAAGAGUCCACAUUUUUUAUCAUUUGGCAAAAAUCUCUCAAAAGUCUGAAAUAAAUUGAAAAGAAAAAGAAAAGAGUUAUUUCUUUGAUAUUUAUUCUUUUUUAUCGAGGGCCUCUUUCCAUUAUUCUACCAGUGUGACAGCAAAUAAGAGGCAGAACAGAAAAAAAAGUGUAACAUUAGUGCAGUUAGAAGCCUGCGGUUGCUGCAAAAACAUUGACAUUUACCAAGGAAUGCUUGAGGGAACACAAGACAUAAUGGGUUUGGCAAAAAAGUCUAACAACUCAGGUGGACCGUAGUUGUGACACUGUUACAUGACCAUCUGUAGCAAAAAUCUGUUCUCAACUACACUUUCUUCUGUUUUUAUCCCUGUUUUUCCCCCCUCCACCCCUCCGAUGUGUCUCCUUUUAUAUUUUGCAUCUCAUUCUUGUGCUCAUUUUCACUCCACUCCUCUUUUCUCACCUACAUAUUGUCACUCAUUCCUUCUCCCCCCCCGCAUCAUCUUCCUCCUCCAUGAAUAAAUCUUCUUUUCACACCUUCCUCCCCCUCCGCUCCUCCUCCUCUCCCAAUGUCCCACCCCGUUUCCAUCUUGACUCAGUUUCAUCAACUAAGACGACAUAUGUCAGUUACAGCAAUCAGGCCAUCUGAAAGGACAACUGAAGAGCGAGAAGGGGAUUGGACAGAAAAUGGGGGCGUGUCUUUGGGGCAGUGCCAGGCAAAAGAAGAAGCUCUUGUUUGACGGAGAUUGUUUGGAAAAACUGAUGCACAGGCAGAGCGCCCAAUGGAAUCCAAGCAUGAGACAUUUUGUAUUGUUCAGCAUCAAACCACAGAGAGUUGGGACCACAUCAACAGCCAGUCAGUGUGCCUGCUUUCCCGCUGUUCACAGCUCAUUGGUCCUACCAUGAACUCACCUGUUAAAAAAGAAAAAAGUAAAAAGAGACAACACGAAAAAAGACAUACCAUAGGACACUGUGGCGGACAGUGUAACUAUUAAACUCUACAAACGUUAAAAAAAAGAAGAAAAAAAACUACUUUAAAAAAAAAAGAAAAAGAAAACACAUUUACAUGUUAUAUCCAAAAGGACAAAGGUAGGGCCGGGAAAGAGAUUUAACAGAUUCAAUUUUAAAAAGAUAUUUAAAAAGAGAAAUGUAAGAGAAAAUCUAUGAGAUUCAAACAUGUUUGUUGUUACUCUCUACUUGUAAGUAUUUUUGUGGUCGUGACGAUUUUUUCAUUCUUGUCUCACCGUUGUCUGAUGGAUCGCCCUUGCAUAAUGAGAUGAGUGUUUCCUCCUGCUGUCUCGGCUAACCGGGUCGUAGCCUUGGGUUGUGAACCUGUAAAAUGCCAUGGUUGAAGCAUGCCAGUUUUUUAUACAAAUAUGGAGAUUUAUUUAUAAUAAAGGAAUGUUUUGCAAAUGUGUA